UAUUAAUCGAGGCUGGCAGGCUGCAGAGAGGCUCCGUGCGCGUGUCCGUGCGUGUCUGCCGGAGGCUGCGGGGAUGUGACGCUCCAUCUGCGGGUCGACGGCCGCAGCUCUCCCCCUGAAACCUGAUAUUAUGCGGGGAACCGGGGACACUGCACGGAUUCAAGGGGAACAAAGCACCGGUUCAGACAUCGAUUUGCACACUGGCAGUGUUAGCCAACUAUGGUGGACCCCUCGGAGGCUGAGGAGCAGAGCAAGUGUAAAGGCCCGCACCUCGACACCCCUGCCGUGGCCACUGAAGACCCUCGGCUGCCCGAUCAGGCUGACGGCACCACGACAGAGGAGGAAGGGGAUGCCGCUUUUCAGACACCGCCCACUGGCAGCUCGGAGCCCAGCCCCUGCCACACCGCCGCCCCGGCGGGAUCUGAGACCGCCGGCGGGGACACGGCCCCCCAGCAGCCCCAGGCUCAGAACGACAGAGACCUGGCCCCGAAACUGCACCUGGACCUGUACAACUUUGACUCGCCGGCCGCCGAGGGCAGCCGCUACGUCCUAACCAGCCCCCGUUCUCUGGAGGCAUGUGCCCGCUGUGGGGUCAAGCCUGUGGAGCUGCUGCCCCGCCCGCUCGCCGACUUCGCCCGGGAGGCUCCCGGCCGCUCCAUGCGCGUUGCCACCGGGCUGUUCGAGGUCUACGAGAAGGACAGGCACGCCAAACUGAGGCAGUGCAGGGAGGAGAGGGAGCGGAUUGUCAGAGAGGAAAAGAGGAGGAUUCUGCAGGCGGCCGUCAACAGCAGCAGCGGCACGUCAUCGACCUCCGUGGACAAAACCACUUCUGGCUCCAGCCAUCCUCCUAAAUCUGCUCUCGUAGCAUCCAGCUCUCCCCCUGAUGCAGGAGUAUCUUCAAGAGCCACAACAUCAGGUCCAACCUUAAAAGCAGCUCUUUCAUCGAAAGGCCCUGCCUCCAGUCUGAGUACCUCUCCUAAAUCUGUCAAUGCAGGAUCCACUCUGUCCUCAAAAACUGGUUCAACACCAUCUUCCAAGGUUGGAUAUCAGAGUUCUACAAAGCAUGGUUUGUCUUCAUCACCGGAGCAAUCAAAACCCUCAAGGCCGCUCUCGUCUGGCCCUCCGCCGGUCGUCAGGAAGUCGUCUGGAGGUAAAUCUUCCAACACGUUUCCCAGAUCGACACCAAAACCGCCCUCCUUCCCGAGAGCCAACUCCACGUUGACGUCAUCCGUAUCGAAGCCGGCGGUUCAGAGUCCCGGGGCGCCGCUCAACGGCGUCUCGGGGGGCCAGUUCUCUCAGCACAAUGGACACCUGGGAUUUCAUCCCAGGGUGCGAGGGAAAAGCCAUUCGCUGGAGUCUCUGCAGCGGAGGAUGGAUCCCUUCUGCUCCUCAACCUCCACCACCACCACCACCACGUGCACGUCGUCGGAGUCGGGCGCCUCCUCGUCCUACAGCUGGGAAGGUGCGAGAGACCACUGGAUGAAGGUCUCCAGCCCUCGAGCUCGCACUCUGGCUACCUUCAACUCCCUGAUGGGCCGCAGCCUCAGCCUGGGCGACCUGAGCCACUCUCCUCAGACCACGCAGAAGGUGGAGCGCAUCGUCAAGGAGGUGAAGCGCCGAGGCCUCAAGGCCGUGUCGGAGCGAGACCGAAAGAUCGCCGCCCUCAUGCUCGCCAGAUACCAAGAGGAAGACAUCAUGAGCCAGACUCGCUACGUGGCCCACCUUCAGUGGGACAGCGAGCGCAGGAUGGAGGAGCUGCGCCGGGAGCAGGAGGAUCGGGAGAAGCAGCGCGCCGUGCUGCAGUGCCAACGAGUCUGGCACACGCAGGUGUCCAUCCGCCAGCGGAGGCUCAGCCAGCAGGAGCGGGAGUCGGCCGCCGCCAAAAUGCGGCAGGUAGAGGAGAAGGAGGAGCAGUGGAGGGAGCUGGCGGAGCAGCAGGAGCGCAGCCGUCUGCUGAGGCUCCAGCAGGGGGCCCGAGAGGAGAAGCACAAGAAGGCGCUGCAGGAGCAGAACCUGAAGGCCCUGGAGGAGGAGAGGGCCGCCAUGCUGGAGCAGGAGAGGCUGCUGCUCAAAGAGAAGCUCACCAUGGCCGAGCUGAAGCGGCAGGAGAAGGAGCACCAGGCCCAGGAGGAGAGGCGAGGCCUGAACAAGGCCGAGAAGAGACGCCACGCCGCCCUGAUCCAGGAGAUCGCCCGCCGAGAGCAGGAGGAGCGCGAGGAGGCCCGGAGGUCGGCCGAGGAGAAGCUCAGCCGCUCCCUGGAGAACUACGAGCAGAUCGUGGAGCGGCGGGGGCAGGAGCUGAAGGAGAAGGCCAAGCGCGAGGAGAAGCAGAUCCAGAAGGCGCGCAAGGCCGCGGAGAAGCGCGAGCGGCAGCAGCAGCUGCUGCUGGAGGCUCGCGUCAAGGAGGCGGAGAAGCGGGCGCAGCAGGCGGCCCUGGUGGCCGAGGAGCGGGCCAAGGAGAAGGCCCAGCGGGCCGUCCAGACCCGGCAGGAGAAGGAGCGGCUGCAGAAGCUCAACAGGCAGCGCGUGGAGGAGGAGGAGAGGCAGCGGCGCCUGGAGCUGCUGCAGUCCAUCGAGAGGAAGCUGGAGAAGAGCGAGCAGAUCUUCAGGGAGAAGAAGGCGGUGCUGGAGAGCGCGCGCUCGGUGGCGCGGGCCUCGUUCCACGUGCGAGACCGAGUCCGCGAGGAGACCAACAUGCGCACCUUCGAUAAGAUGGCCCUGGAGGCUCAGCUCAAAGCCAGCCUGGAUGAAAAACUGAACCCAUGAAACUUGUUUUUUCU